UCCCUGGAAAACCAGCCACAUGGAGGGUGCCGGGGACGUCCUGAGGACUCUGCUCCCCGACGUUCACCGGGGCCUCCCCUUUCCAGGCUCCCCAACGCGGGCCGCCCUGGUCUCCGGCUCCUACCUCUAUUACCACUACGGCUGCGACGGGGUCGACGACCGGGGCUGGGGCUGCGGCUACCGGACCCUUCAGACCCUCUGCUCCUGGCUGGCGGGGGUCGGAGCAGGGUCGGGGGCCUGCCCCCGGCCGGUCCCUUCCUUGUUGGCCAUCCAGCAGGCCCUGGUGGAGAUGGGAGACAAGCCGACGGCCUUCGCCGGCUCCCGGGACUGGAUCGGCACGGUGGAAGCCGCCUUGUGCAUGGAUCACUUUUUUGGGGUGCCGUGCAAAAUCUUGCACAGCCCCUGGGGGAGGGGACUGGGGAGGCAGGUGGGGGCCUUGUAUGCCCAUUUCCAGGGGGGUGGGGGGCCGGUGAUGCUGGGGGGUGACGCCGACAGCUCCUCCAAGGGGCUGCUGGGGGUCUGCUCCGUGCCCGCCGGCCACCAUCUCCUUGUCCUGGAUCCCCACUAUUACUGGGGGGCUGGGGACCUUGGGCGGGAGGGGAUGCAGGCGGCAGGGUGGGUGCGCUGGCAAGGCUUGGCCUCCUUCGACCCUGCCUCCUUCUACAAUCUCUGCCUGCCGCAGUUCUGGCGGGCCGCAGGCGAGCGGGACGGCGCUGGUGAAAACUGAUUUGCACGAGCGAGCGUCGCUUGGACGGCCGCCACUGGGCCACGUGAACCUUGGAUUUCACGAGUGAGAGUCGCCCAGAGGGCCACCAAGAGCUUUGCACAAGGGAGAUGUCACUGGGACUUGUGAACAUUGCUUUGCACAAGUGAGAGUCACGCGGCUGGCCGUCAAGGGGUUUGCACAACCGCGGAGACGCCGGGGUGAAUGUGGUCUCAGCCGGGGCACCCACUCCGAGCCCAGAUCCCCGAGGCCGCCCCAAAGAGGGGCUGUUAAAAGCCGGAGGCCGAGGAAACUUGGGGGAGCAAACUGAAAGGUGGGGGCCAUGGCUGGAUCUGGGUGCACCCCCAGAUAAAUCUUGUGUCUCAUGCAUAUUGUGCCUUUACCCGCCUGUUAACAGACGGGCGUUCCUUGACCUCCGCUCGUCUGCAACAUUGGGUUCUGUAAAUCCAGUUAAAAUGCUCAUUCGUCCCUUUCCGCCUGAUGCAGGAUUUUCUUUUGUUGGUAAUGCAAUCCACAACAAUGCUAACGCCUACGCCAAAACCCAAGCUUCGGCGUGACGGUAGCUGCGUGGCAUUCUGGGCUUCUCGGCGGCUUUUCCUGAUUUUCUGAAAGACCAAAAGAACUGGUUUCUACCCCUUUGGGGGGGGGGGGCAGGUGAUUGCUUAAAAUAGCCCUUUCUUUUACAAAUGCUCUGGCUGAUUGCAGGCAAGACAGAGGAAUUGCCCCCCUAUUUUCCUGGGUUUUCGUUCCACAGGCAGGCCAGGUUGUUAGCCUUUAGUGGACGUGAUCCCACUGCUCAGUCAUGAGGCCACGUGCCUCAGUUUCCCUUUGUAUACAGCAGAGCAGGUCUGUCGUGGUUCUCUCUGUUGUGCGAAGCGUUAAGUUUAUUCACAGGUAAUAGGUGAGCAGCGUCACCAUCUGGCUUUCAAGGAUUUUUCCAAAACGUGUACACACGCCGCGACCCGUUGUUAGCGGGGCCUUGAUAACAUUCAGUGUAGCCCAAUACCAACAUUAACAUCGCAGCUAUUCAACGGGGCUUGUCGUACCAGGCCCUUUCUUCGGACAAUUUUGUUUUUGAGGCCAGCGUGUUCACUGUGCUCUUGAAAUCUUUGCGUAGGCAUUUGAAUUUCAUUAUAUCCGUGGGGUUUGGGUGAAUGAAAAGCUAGGGUUGUCAUGCAUGUUAGCCAGACCCCUUUUGUACCUGUCUUCAGACUUCAGCACGGCACGCACCUGUCUCUGGGGGCAGG